CUUCUUCCUCCGAAAAAUAAGCAUUACAACUGUCAACGGCGGGCGAGGCAGGGUUGAAAUAUACCUUUCUCCUUUCGCUUCACAAUUAUACCUCCUUCAUCAUCUUCUUCUUCUCCUUCUUGUCUACUCAACUCCCUGAAAUUCUAAAGUGAAUCGAUCAGAGGCAUGGCCACCGCCGGAAACAAGAACAUGAACGCCAAGCUGGUGCUCCUAGGAGAUGUUGGAGCUGGAAAAUCUAGUCUGGUAUUGCGUUUUGUUAAAGGACAAUUUAUUGAAUUCCAGGAAUCUACUAUAGGAGCUGCUUUUUUCUCACAAACAGUGGCAGUGAAUGAUGCAACUGUGAAAUUUGAAAUAUGGGACACAGCAGGUCAAGAGAGGUACCACAGUUUAGCUCCAAUGUACUAUAGAGGAGCUGCAGCUGCCGUAAUUGUGUAUGACAUAACAAAUCAAGAAUCCUUUGAACGAGCUAAAAAAUGGGUCCAGGAACUUCAGGCACAAGGUAACCAGAACAUGGUUAUGGCACUUGCUGGAAAUAAAGCGGACUUGUUAGAUGCAAGAAAGGUUGAACCUGAGGAAGCACAAAAAUAUGCAGAGGAAAAUGGCCUUUUCUUUAUGGAGACGUCUGCAAAAACUGCAACCAAUGUCAAUGACGUUUUCUAUGAAAUAGCAAAGAAACUGCCCCGUCUGCAGCCUGCACCAAAUCCAUCGGGCAUGGUUCUUAUGGAUAGAUCUGCUCAAAGAGCCACCGCUACUACUACCACUUCUUGUUGCGGUUAACUUCCAUUAUCAUCUGCGCAGCGGAGAAAUGCACCCUGGUUGGCCUGCUCUGUAUCUAUAUUCUUAUGUUUGGUUAAAUAUAAUGAGUUGUGUUGUCAACUCCUGCACAGGAAUUUGCUUAAGAGUGUUGCAUUGGCCUUUCAUGAAUUCUAAUUCUACACAGUCAUAACUCUCCAGUGAUUUCUUUAUGUAUUCAUACAAAAUCUGUCAGAAGUUCCUUGAAAAGUUAAAAAUCCAGUGUUAUUUGCCAAUCAUUAUACCAUGAUCCACUUUGUAAGAUAAAUUAUUUGAUAUAUUACCAAAUACUGAACAUUCAGUGACAAGUUUCACUUCUGUGA